CUUGGACUCCAAGAUCCCUCUGUCCCGCCAAGAAUCCUGCCAUUAACCUUGUAUUCUACCUUCACAUUAGAUCUCCUGAAGUGUAUCACUUCAAACUGUUCCAGGCUGAACUCCUGCGGCCACUGGAAGCGGCCGCGGUUGCGUCGAGCUUUGGCGUCGGCGCCUGCGCGAGGGCAGGGCAGCUGGCAGCCCUGACAACGGCGGCACGCGUCACGGCGCGUGUCCGGAAGUGCGGGGGCGGGGGCGGGAGGACGACGACGCCGUGAGCGCCCUCGGUAUGUCGUGUGAUGAAAGGCGAGCACUGGCUGUAACCACAGGCGGCCGCGCCGCGCCGGCUUCCUGGCCGGGUAACGGCGCUGCCGCGGGGAGAUAAUGCACAGAAAAUGGGUGGAUGAGGGGGCGUUGGCCGGAGGCUUCCGCCGGCGGAGCGUGAGGCAGCGCGGGGGCCGGGGCCCAGACCGGUGGCCGCAGGGGCCGCUCCCCCCUUGCCCGCCGCAGAGACGGCCCCAGUGAUGAGCGGCGCAUCGGGCGGGCGGGGUGUUCGGGUCCAUGGAUCUUGCUACCUGGACUGCGGUGCCCAGCAACCUGACGGCGCUCGGCAACCACAGCGGGGCGGCGGAGCGGGCCGGCGGCCAGACCGACGCUGGGUCUCUGCUGCAUGGCGUGGCCGUGGCUUCCAAGGCACUGCUGCUCCUGCUUAUCUUCCUGCUGUCCAGCCUGGGCAACGCGGCGGUGAUCGCGGUGAUCGUCAAACACCGGCAGCUGCGAACCGUGACCAACGCCUUCAUCAUGUCCCUGUCUCUGUCCGACCUACUCACCGCCCUGCUCUGCGUGCCCUUCUCCUUCAUCAUGCUCUUCAGCCGCGACGGGGUCUGGAUCUUCGGUGACCGCUUCUGCGUGGCCAACGGUUUCUUCAAUUCCUGCUUCGGGAUCAUCUCCACUCUCACCAUGACCCUCAUCUCCUUCGACCGCUACUACGCGAUCGUCAGGCAGCCUCAGGAAAAGAUGGGCAGGCGCCUGGCCGCGCAGCUCUUGGCCGCCGUUUGGCUGACCGCCUUCCUUUUCUCUUUCCCCUGGUAUCUCUUGUUACGAGCCCCGGGGCAGCCGGUUAUUCAUAAGAAGGGCUUCUACCACUGCAUGUACAUCUUCCACUCGGGCAGCUCCCGCAUGGGCACUGGAUACAGCAUCGCCUUGAUUGUCACCUGCUACCUGUUGCCCUUCUCCCUGAUGUGCUUUUGUCACUACAACAUAUGUAAGACAGUGAGGCUGUCAGAGAUCCGAGUCCGUCCAGUCACCACAUAUGCCCAUCUGCUGCGCUUCUACAGCGAGAUGAGGACAGCCACCACAGUACUGAUAAUGAUUGUCUUCAUCAUCUGCUGCUGGGGUCCUUACUGUGUCAUGGGAAUCAUCACAGCCACCAGCAACUUUCAUUUCACCCCCAUCAUGGACACUGUAGCUAUCUGGCUGGCCUGGGCUAAUGGUGCCCUCAAUCCAGUAAUCUACGCUACGAGGAACCCCAACAUCUCCAUGCUUUUGGGAAGAAAAAGGGAAGAUGGUUACAGGACUAGAAACAUAGCUGCCUACUUGUCAAGGCAGAACCAGGACCAUGAGGUUAGGAGUCAGGCAGACAGGAUAAGGGACCGCUAUGUCAUUCGGCAGGGGGCUGGUAGCAGGAUGUCCUCCUCUAGCCCUGCAAAUGGAGAUGUGGCAAUGUGGGCCUGUAAAAAUCCAGUUGUGCUGUUCUGCCGGGAUGGACAACCUAAUACAAUGCCUGAGCCUACUGUAGCCAAAUCAGAGACUGCAGACACCAGCCUUUAAAUAGGAUUGAAAAUAUUCAAUUCCAUUAUUGACAUUUAAUGGCAAUGCGCUUCAGAGUGUUUCCUGAAAGUGCAGUGUUGUAGCAAAUAGUUUCUGCUGUGAAAAUUGUUUGUGACACAAGCAUAGGUUAUAUGAAAAUCUGCUGCAAUUUGGAUUUGAGAUGGUUUUGUUCCAAAUUGUUAAUGACAAAGAGAAAAAUCAGUUUGUGCUUAAUCCACGUAGAAUACAAUAUUGAGUCCUCACUUUAGAAAAUUGUAUCAGUGUUUUGAAAUGCUGAGUUCAAUAAGAAUGCAUGAAGUGCCAAGCAGGAAUUGAAUAUAAACAAAACACAUAGCCUUUCCCUAAUGCAAGGGACAACUUAUUUUCAGUUCCUUUCCAUCAUUUUCUUUACCUUAAAAGUGCAUAAGAUAAUUGCAAUGGUGUAAAGGUGGUGUCCCUUUAUUAAUAACUGAAACCCAGCUUUAUGAACUUGAUUGCUAAGAGAUUGAAUUUUGUCUAUUUUUUGGAUUAUUAAACUGUGUUUAACACUAAUUUUGAUCUGGGUCACACUGCAAAAAAAUCAAAUUGACCAGCAAGUCAUGUGCAACAGCACCACAAUUUUCACACAGGGAUGUGCUGAAAAGGGACAUGCAUGUUUCCCGAAGGAAAUUGCUGAGGACAAUUGUGAUGCCAUGUCUUUGCUGAGCUGUGUGCAGGGAGGGUCAUCAGACCUUAAAAGGACCAUUCUCAUUGCAGCCUUUUCUCCAAGUGGUCUGUGGCUGCCGUGGAGAAAAAUUGUCGAG